AUGCCGAAUAAGCUUAUUGGUUUCCUCGCUCAACUUGGGGCUCUUCUUUCAGCUGAACAAGAACCAAUUGGGCCUGAUUAUGCCAGACAAGAUGAGACAGUAAAGGAACUUGUAGAUUGGUCCACGUCCAAAGGCGGGUUCUUUCAUCCUCAUGUACAAAUCCGACGAUGGAAUCUCUCCGAUCCUACCUCAUAUUUCGGUGCCUUUCUCAAUGGGCCAGUGAAGAAGGAUGAUUUGCUCAUGAGAAUACCAGGAGACAUCAAGCUUCAGUUGCACACCGAUUUCUGGACGAACAGCUCUAUUGUCGAUGAAGUCGUAUGUGAAUUAGCGUGGCUUCUCAAGCAUGAAUACGACAAUGGAACCAAAAGCAUCUACAAACCCUAUAUCGACUACAUCAAAACUCAAUCAAAGCAUCAGAUUCCGGUCAUGUGGAGCACCAAAGGCAAAAAGCUGUUGGAAAAGGUUCAGGUCGAUAUUGAUUUGCGUGAUCUGAACGCGGAUGAAGACAGCGGAAGCCAUUUCCACAACUGGAUUGAUCAAUGGUAUGGUAGCGAGGACUGCCUCUAUGAUACAGAGACAGAUCAAGAACUAGAAAAAUGGUUCUUGGCAAUGGCACAACAACGAGGCUACGACUAUGCUCUUAUUCCAAUCUACGACAUGCUGAAUCACGAUCCAGGGAAUGUCAAUACCAUUACUCGUCCAUCCAUUUACGACACGAAUGGCUUUGGAGUAUACGCACUACGAGAUAUGGAAGCGGGAGAAGAAUUGCUGUAUGACUAUUACGAUUGUCCGGAUUGCAAGAGAUGCGAGACUUGUGGCUCGUCAUCUAGCUAUUGGGGAACACCCGAAAUGCUUCGGGAUUUUGGUUUUGUAGAAGCGCAUCCACACAAAUAUCAUUUCUAUGAAGGUGAACUGUCGGUGACGUUAAUAAUCGAUAAGGAUAGGGACGAUGGGUCCUAUAAAGUUUCUUGCACGAACAAGUGCCCAAGCACCAAGGAGAUUGAAAGGCAUUACAACAAACUCCUUCCUUUAUUGGAGAAGGACAUACUACCACUCAGCGAAACGUUACCAUCGGAUGAAUACUUUAUGAUUAAGAUGUACUAUGAUACUUUGGUGACCGACUUCAAGCAGUACCUGGACCACCCAGAGUCUGCGAUUGUCACUCGCGUCAAGUAUGAUACCCCCCCUGACAAAACAACUUUCGAAGCUACCACCACUGUCAGAACCAGUACAGCUGGAAAGGGAGCUGAUCUGUAG